AUGCACUGGGUAUUUCAAUCUGACCAGCGGCCAUUUCCAGAUCCUUUCGAGACCCAGAGUUUGCCCUCGACCGUCCGCGCAACGCUCGAUUCUGGCGCGGUUAUUGCCCGCUUCGAUCAAACCGGGCGUUUUGUGGCAGCAGGUCUACGGGACGGCAGUGUUUUCCUAUGGGAUCUAGCUACGCAAGCCGUUGUACGCAACUUUGAAGGUCAUGUGCGGGCCAUUACCGGUCUAUCUUGGUCCCGAAAUUCUCGUUUUCUUCUUUCCGCUUCGCGCGAUUGGAACGUAGUAAUCUGGGAUCUGGCUUCGCGUUCCGAACCUCCACAGCGGUAUCACACAAUUCGAUUUGAUGCGCCGGUUGUUAGCGCAUUCUUUCACCCGUUGAAUAGGUGUGGUUCUAUUGUCGACUGCGCAGGUAUUGAACUCACCCAUUCAGCCAUUAGCAAUGUUGUCCUUGCAAUCCUUGCAACGGGCGAAGCCUUUGUGGUGGAUCGAAGACCAGGACAAAUACCGAGGGCGGACUUGCGUCUUCCUGUGGUCGAGGAUGCCGUGUCUCAUCGUGUCAACGUGCAAUGUGCAACAUUCUCCUCCAAUGGGAGCUUGAUCUUUUUGGGAAGUUCUGAUGGUGCCAUUGUCAUCUUCAAUUGCAGUACAAAGCUGCUCGUUAACAGAAUCAAAAUACCUGGAGCUGGUGCCAUUCGUAAUAUUAGUUGCGAUCCCCGCAGUCGAUACUUGGCGACCAAUUCCGGAGACAGGAACAUUCGCAUAUUCUAUAUCUCAGCUUUGCUUUCAGCGACUGCGCACUCGGAAACCAUUGAGCCUAUUGCUCGGAUGACAGACACAAUUGCUCGAACCCGUUGGAGCACAAUGAUGUUCGCGGGCGACGGAGAGCAUCUCUUUGCGGGUUCUGAUACCGCCAACUCUCACGAGGUCUUUGUCUGGGACGUAGCAGCAGGUGGUCAAUAUCUAAAGACGAUGGAGAACGGAAAGGAGCCUCUUUCUGAUUUGGAUUGGCAUCCCCACUUGUCCGAGUGGCUGAGCGUAUCGACGCUUGGCAAUAUCUAUAUUUGGGGUAAUAUUCCAAAAAUGAAAUGGUCGGCGUUUGCAGCAGAGUUUGAAGAGGUGGACGAGAAUGUAGAGUAUGUCGAGAAGGAGACAGAGUUUGACCAGGAGGAUAAAGCGGAAGCCGAACGAAGAACAAAGGCAGAAGAGGACGCAGACGUGGACAUUGGGCACCCGCAGAAACUCGUUGGACCAGAGAGCGGUGGACGAAUCAUGCUAGGCAAGACCGCUGCACAAGAGGCCGCUCUACCCCAUGACGAAGAUCAAGCCUGGGCAGAAAUUGAUUCCGAACUCGACACUCGUCCAUGGACAUUCCCCAUUGUCGUUGAGGAUCCCGAGGAGGAAUAA